CCUAGUUUACUUGCUGCCCGGUCGGGUGUCUAAGUGCGCUACCCAAUAAUCCUUUUUCGUAGUUCAACCCAGUUCGAGCGAAGGGUCUCUGCGGCAGUACCGCUUCCGGUUCCGAUUCCGAUUCCAAUCCUGCCGCUUCUCCAGGUUGAAUUGUAGUAUAAAUUAAUUGAAGGCACCGAGUUUUCUCGGAGACGGAGAAUGGUUGGAGUUAUGAUCCUUUGGCAAUUGUUCUAGACUGAUGGGCUAUUUGAUGACCAUAUUCGGUGUUUGAGCUGCUGGACCUUAAACUUGCUUAAUCCAGUGUCAGGUAUUGAGAAUGGAAAAUGUAGUGGGCGUCCUAGUUAUUGACAGCAGAAUGGGAUGAAGGGUACUUGAAAAUUGUUGGGGAACAUGGUAAAUUCUCAGGAUGUUAAAGUGGGUGCGUCUUCUCUCGAAACAGAUUCUUGCCCAAAAUCUACUGUUGAUAUUAACUCAAAGAUGGAAUCAAAAAAUGUCCUAACUAGGGCGGCAAAGAGGAGAAGAAGGAGAAUUAAGCAGAGAAAUAAACACAAUGCUACUGAAAAUGAUUUUAAAGAUGGUAAGCAUUCAACAGAUAGUGAUUCUGUGAAGAUUAGAGCAACAGAAAUAGAAUCAACGUUGCAGUCCCCCGCCAGUAUUUGCUUGAGGAAUGAAUCAGGAAUGGAACAACCCAUUGCCAAGGUAAACUCAUCUGUAGGAAAGAGUCGACGGAAGAAGCGGAAAGCUAGAGAUGAGGCUAAUGGAGAGCAUUCUGAAAAAGAAGUUGAUUCAUUUUUGCAGCCAGUCGAUACUUGCUCAAAGAAUGAGUCGGAAGCCAUUGCAGAGGUAAGUUUAUCCACAAAGAGGAGGGAGGAUAAGAAAUGGAAGCAUAACGCCUUGGGAAGUAAUCUAGAUGUUGAUCUUACAGAGGCUGAGGGAAAGCAUUCUGAAAGACAGGAUUUUAAGUCUGUCCCAGAAGUUGCUGUAUCAAACUUGGAAAUUUUAAAGGAGUGCAAGUUUGAUAACAAUGGGGUUGGUACUCUUUCAGUUGAAACGGUAGAACUCAAAUCCUGUAGGAGGGAGCAAAUAGAUGAGAAAAAGGAAAAAAUGAAAACUUAUCAAAGGAAAAGGAGAAAGUCUGCUGACCAGCUGGAAAACAGUCUGAAACAGUUUGAGAUGCCUGUCACAAGACAGGUUUCAGAUGAUGCUCAAAUUCCUGGUCUUCUGGAGAACGAAAUAAAAAAAAUAAAAGUGGGGGGCCAAGUUCUUUCAAUGAAGGGUUUGGAAUUGAAAGAGGCUUCUGCAAAUUAUUGCGAUGGUGAGCUUGUGCGUAAGGAAAGUAAGAAGAGAAAUCAGAAGAAAAGUUUUAAAGUAACUACUCAUAAAAAUGAGAAGGAUGUGACUCUGCAAGAUACUGCUGAAGAUAACAUUGAAAAAGAAAUCAGGGGCAAUGGAGAUAAGGUCGAGAUGACGGUCCAUGGGAUGGGUCAUGUGGAUAAUUCAGCAUAUCAUUUCCAUGAGAAAACAUGUGAUAAUUUAUCUGCCUAUGAUAAAUGCGAGCUCCCAGAAGUGAAGGAUGUGGAGAUGGAAACCAAGAUGGUUGAAAAUGUUCCCACUUUUCACCAUGUGGGUGCUUGCAAGGAUCUAGAGGAUACUAGCAAAGAGGAAAAUGUGCCAAGAAUGUUACAAUCCUCUUCAGAUAGUGGUUAUCCUUGCAGCACUAAGAAGAAGCUGCUGAUACUUGACUUGAAUGGGAUUCUUGUUGAUAUUGUUCCGUCCGAUAGUUGUUUAUCUGAGACUGAGGCAGACAUUAUAGUAUCAGGAAAAGCAGUUUUUAAGAGGCCGUUUUGUGAUGAGUUUCUUCAAUUUUGCUUUGAGAGAUUUAAUGUUGGUGUGUGGUCGUCAAGACUCAAGAAAAAUGUGGACCGGGUGGUUAAUUUUCUGAUGGGAGAUGACAGACGCAAGUUGCUUUUUCGUUGGGAUCAGUCUCACUGUACUGCCACCAGGUUCACUACAGUUGAGCAAAGAGGUAAACCCUUGCUCUUGAAGGAAUUGAAGAAACUAUGGGAAAAGGUUGCGCCCAAACUUCCAUGGGAAAAGGGAGAGUAUAAUGAGUCAAACACAUUGUUAUUAGAUGAUUCUCCCUAUAAGGCAUUACGCAAUCCGGCACACACAGCUAUAUUUCCCCAUCCAUAUGACUCCAGCGACGCUGAAGAUUGCUCAUUAGGUCCGGGAGGUGAUAUCAGAAUGUAUCUGGAAGGAGUAGCUGGUGCUGAAAAUGUUCAAACAUAUGUACAACAAAAUCCAUUUGGUCAACCACCUAUUACAGAAUCUGACCCUUCUUGGGGUUUCUACUGUAAGGUUAUAAAUGCUGACUGCUGAGCCUUGCUGAUUAUUCUGAUGUUCAUUCAUACUGCCUGCAACCUCGAAUAAUUGGUAUGACCUGAGAAUAUCUUUCUGAUGAUUUACUGAACCAGAAGCAUGAUAAAGCUUGUUAAGAUAUUGUAAUUUUCAGGCCUAUAAUUUUUUUUUAAUUGUACUUUGGGCACCUUCUUUUUUUUUUUUCCUUUAUUAAUUUUCGUCGACACUGAGAGACUAGUUUGUAUUAUAGUCUGUUUUAGCAAUAAGGAGGGGCCGAGGGGCUAAUCUUCUUUGGUACAAUAAGAGUUUUUGUAUUUUUCAUUAUCCUUGAUGAUGUUAAUUAUCUCUUAAAUAUUUUUUACUGAAGGAUUUGGUAUUCUUAGA